AUGGCAACUACAUCAAAGAUAGUGAAAAAAUUGAAUCUCCAGCCCCACCCAGAAGGCGGAUUCUUCUCAGAAACCUUCAGAGACACUUCGAUCGUUCUUUCUUCUUCUCAACUGCCCUCUGAAUAUAAGGUUGAUCGUGAAGUGAGCACAUCUAUCUACUUCUUGGUACCUUCUGGGAAUGUCUCACUCCUUCAUCGCAUUCCGUGUGCAGAAACCUGGCAUUUUUAUUUGGGAGAACCACUUACAAUACUGGAAUUGAAUGAGAUAAAUGGGCAGGUCAAAUUAACUUGCAUUGGAUCUGAUCUACUUGGAGACAAUCAGCAACCACAGUACACUGUGCCUCCAAAUGUCUGGUUUGGUGCAUUUCCGACAAAAGACUACAUCAUUUCUCCAGAUUGGACGGUUGCUAAAGCUGCACCCUCGGAUGCUGAGAGCCACUAUUCCCUAGUAGGCUGCACUUGUGCUCCGGCCUUUCAGUUUGAAGACUUUGAGCUGGCAAAACGCCCAUAUCUUCUUUCACGUUUUCCCAACCAUGAGCCCCUCAUAUCUUUACUCACACUUCCGGAGUGA